AUGCUCCACCAUUUGAUGGUAGGCACCUGGACACCGCCAGGUGCCAUUUUUACCUUUCAAUUCGAUGAUGAGGCCUUGACCUUGAAGUUGAUCAAGAGAACUGAGAUUCCUGAAGAUGAGCCCAUCUCAUGGAUGACCUUCGACCAUGCGAGAAAGACCAUCUAUGGAGCUGCUAUGAAAAAGUGGAACAGUUUCUCGGUCAAGAGUCCGACAGAGAUCGAGCACACUGCCUCUUUCCCUAUGGAACACGACCCUAAGGCAUCUCAAGCAGACACAAAAACCCGUGCAAUCUUCGUUCUGGCAGGCAAGAAGCCCCCAUAUAAUGUGUACGGUAACCCUUUCUACGACCACGCUGGCUCAGGCAACGUCUUCUCUGUGGACGACAAAGGUAGUCUGAAAGAGAACAUUCAAAACUAUGACUACUGUCCACAAACAGCUAUCCACGGCAUGGUCUUCGAUUCUACAGAGACUUAUCUCUACUCUGCCGAUAUGUGGGCGAACAGAGUUUGGUGCCAUAAGAAGGACCCAGAGACUGGACACAUGACUACUAUUGGCAGUGUCGAUGCUCCGGCGGCAGGUGAUCAUCCACGCUGGGUUGAGAUGGCACCAAGUGGAAAGUACCUCUACGCUCUGAUGGAAGGUGGCAACCGACUUGGAGUUUACUCGAUCGAUGAGGAAACGCAUAUGCCCGUAUACACCAACAAGAUCUACCCUCUUGUUCCUCCAGGCCACCAGGAGAUCUAUCCUAAGAUGUACCGCUCAGAUGUUGUGUUCCUCUCAUCCAGCGGUAAAUAUCUGUUUGCGACAGCUCGAUCGAAUUCUCCAGACCUGACUGGAUACAUUGCAGCAUUCAAGCUGUCGGAGUCUGGUGACAUUGAGCGCCAGAUUUGUCUCAACCCUACACCCACUAGUGGUGGUCAUUCCAAUGCUGUCAGCCCUUGCCCUUGGAGUGACGAAUGGUUGGCCUUGACCGAUGACGAGAAGGGCUUCAUCGAAAUCUACAGAUGGAACGAAGAGUUCCUCGGUCGUGUUGCUCAUUGCGAUGUCAAGGAGCCUGGCUUCGGCAUGAAUGCUAUCUGGUAUGAUUAG